AUGUCAGAAACAAGUCCUACAGCAAGUGCGCAAGUAACCACAACGUCAAGUCCCUCUAUUCCAGUCACUUCUACUAUCCAUCCAAGUACAUCCCCUACAACUACAGAAACGAGUACAAUUUCGAAUGCUACUACAUCAACUCCAGCAACAAGUUUAGCAUCAAGCAUGAGCAGUCCAACCCCAACAUCUAAUGGAAUAACUCCGACACCUACGGCAUCCAAUUUACCAUCCGUAUCAUCUUCAUCUCCUUCAGCUACAGGAACUACUUCACUAUCUACAACUACUACAGUUACUCCAACUACUAAUUCAAAUGGAAAUCCAAGCACACCAACUCCUAGUAUAACAACUCCAGAAACAAGUUCCCCAUCUCCUCAAACUUUUGUAACAUCUUCACCUUCAAAUACAACUCAAGCUCUCAUAGGUGCAUCAUCUCUUUCUUUUGUUCCUUACAUUUCUCCUUUUCUAAUAGUUAUUAUUAUGAUAAUAGUUUAUUUUUACUGUAAAGUAAGUUCACAUUUAAAAAUAUAUUGUAUUUUAAUUUUUCUUCAAUUAUAA